GAGUUACAGGAGUAUAAGAUUUACAGCAGACAAGUGAAGACACGCCCACAUAGAGCUAGGCAACAAGACCUCCUUUUCUAAUACCAUUGGCUAACCGUGACCACACCCCUACACGCUGAUUCGCUGGCUAUCCGGUUUGACAAACGGGUGUAAAUGGCGGCUUUACGUUACCGACGGUUUCUAAAACUAUGCGAAGAAUGGCCGGUAGACGAGACGAGGCGAGGCCGGGACCUGGGCGCCUUCCUGAGGCAGCGAGUGGCGCAGGCGUUUAAGGAAGGCGAGAACACACAGAUUCAAGAUCCAGAUGCCUGUGACCAAAUGUAUGAGAGCCUCAGUAGGCUAAACGGCAGCUAUUACAGAGAAAAGUAUCCACGACUUCAAGAUACCAGCUUUACAGAAAUCACCGUGGAUGAAUAUCGAAUUGUGCUUGCGACUGAUACUCUGAAACAGAUGGAUGAGAUGAAAACAGGAAUGUGGAAAAGGCUCAAAGACAAGUUCAAUGCAAAAGCCCCUCAGGAUGAAAUAAAGGAAUAAUCUCAAUUGUUAAUAUCACAGUUUGCGCUCCCUCCCUUCCUGUACAAAGUCUAUUUCCUCUACAUAUGUAGUCUUCCAAUAAACAGACAUUUUCAUUCCCA